GCCGCCCGCCUGCCUGCCUGCGAGGUUCCCUCCGCCUUCGCCUCCCCCCCUCCCUGCCCCACACAAUACCCAGGAUCGUGCACUGCCCGGCUCAGGGGCCAUGCUGACAUCGCCCCCUGAGGACCCAGCUGCAACCCCAGAGCCCCCAGGUGGUCUGGAGCCCUGGACCGUGUCGGAGGCUGGACGGAGCUCCCUGGCUGAGGGUUUGAUGAAUCAAACUCUUUGUCUGGGUGGGAUCUCCCCCAGCCAGCUGGGCAGAGAGAGGGCUUCCCCAGCCGUGGGGAGCAGGAGCAGAACAAGAUCCGCAGCGGCCCUCGGCUGGAGAGGCCCAGGUGGGUGGCAGAGCAAAGGAGGAAUGGACUGUGGGCCACCUGCCACCCUCCAGUCCCACCUGGCUGGGCCACGUGGCACUGACCGCCGCCCAGUAGCUGUGUGUCAGCAGGAGAGUCUGUCCUUUGCAGAGCUGCCCAGCCUGCAGCCCCCGAGCCCUGUGUGUCUGGAUCUCUUCCCUGUUGCCCCCGAAGAGCUUCGGGCUCCAGGCAGCCGCUGGUCCCUGGCAACCCCUGCUCCUCUCCAAGGGCUGCCAUGGCCACCAUCCCCGGAAGUCCCAGACACCGAGAUCUCCACCAGUGGGGGGCUGCGGUCCAGCAGAGCUGGCAGCUGGCCACACUGUCCUAGUGCCCAGCCCCAAGCUCUGGAGGGACCCUGGAGUCCCCAGCACCCACAGCCACAGCGCCGGGCCAGUCACGGCUCGGAGAAGAAAUCUGCUUGGCGCAAGAUGAGGGUCUAUCAGCGUGAAGAGCUCCCUGGCAGCCCGGGAGCCCAUGCUGUCUUCCUGGAGCCUGGCCAGGCAGCAGAGCAGACCCUGAGCACAGAGGAGCCUAGGCCACCGGAGCUGUCCGUAUCCUCCAGAGUAGGCCUGGAGGGGCCUGAGCGCAGGCGCUUCUCAGCCUCGGAGUUGAUGACCCGCCUGCACUCUUCCCUACGCCUGGGGCGGAAUUCAGCAGCCAGGGUGCUGACCCCAGGGUCAGGCACUGGCACAGCUCGGGAAGGAAGAGCAUCUAGAAGGGAGUCGCGCAGUGUAGAGAUGAGGGUGGACGGUUUGGUGAUGCCAGCCCCUGUUGACCCGAGCGGGUGCCAUAGCGGCUGGCCCGAGCCCAGGCUGGACACGCCGGAAGAGCUGGCUCUGGGGUCCAGGAGCUCCAGCGAGCGGCGUCAGUCACGGUUUCUCCUUAACACGGUCCUCUACCAGGAAUACAGCGACGUGGCCAGCGCCCGCGAACUGCGGCGGCAGCAGCGCGAGGAGGAGGGCCCGGGGGACGAGGCGGAGGGCGCGGAGGAGGGACCCGGGCCGCCGCGCGCCAACCUCUCCCCGAGCAGCUCCUUCCGGGCGCAGCGCUCGGCGCGAGGCUCCACCUUCUCGCUGUGGCAGGACAUCCCCGACGUGCGCGGCAGCGGCGUCCUGGCCACGCUGAGCCUGCGCGACUGCAAACUGCAGGAGGCCAAAUUUGAGCUGAUCACGUCCGAGGCCUCCUACAUCCACAGCUUGUCGGUGGCCGUGGGCCACUUCUUAGGAUCUGCUGAACUGAGCGAAUGUCUGGGGGUACAGGACAAGCAAUGGCUAUUCUCCAAACUGCCCGAAGUCAAGAGCACGAGCGAGAGGUUUCUGCAGGACCUGGAGCAGCGGCUGGAGGCAGAUGUCCUGCGUUUCAGUGUGUGUGACAUUGUGCUGCACCACUGUCCAGCCUUCCGCCGAGUGUACCUGCCCUAUGUCACGAACCAGGCCUACCAGGAGCGCACCUACCAGCGCUUGCUCCUGGAGAACCCCAAGUUCCCUGGCAUCCUGGCUCGCCUGGAGGAGUCUCCCGUAUGCCAACGUCUGCCCCUCACCUCCUUCCUCAUCUUGCCAUUUCAGAGGAUCACCCGCCUCAAGAUGCUGGUGGAGAACAUCCUGAAACGGACAGCACAGGGCUCGGAAGACGAAGACAUGGCCACCAGGGCCUUCAAUGCACUCAAGGAGCUGGUGCAAGAGUGCAAUGCCAGUGUGCAGUCCAUGAAGAGGACAGAGGAGCUCAUCCAUCUGAGCAAGAAGAUCCACUUUGAGGGCAAGAUCUUCCCACUGAUCUCGCAAGCCCGCUGGCUGGUUCGGCAUGGGGAACUAGUGGAGCUGGCACCACUGCCCGCAGCGCCGCCUGCCAAGCUGAAGCUGUCCAGCAAGGCAGUCUACCUGCACCUUUUCAACGACUGCUUGCUGCUCUCCCGGAGGAAGGAGCUAGGGAAGUUCGCCGUGUUCGUCCAUGCCAGGAUGGCCGAGCUGCAGGUGAAGGACCUGAGCCUGAAGCUGCAAGGCGUCCCCGGCCACGUGUUCCUCCUCCAGCUUCUCCAUGGGCCCCACGCGAAGCACCAGUUCCUGCUGAGGGCCCGGACGGAAAGUGAGAAGCAGCGAUGGAUCUCAGCCCUGUGUCCCUCCAGCUCCCAGGAGGAUAAGGAGUUCUUCAGCGAGGGCCAAGACCGCCCCCAGGUUCAGUGCGUCAGGACAUACAAGGCUCUGCAGCCAGACGAGCUGACUCUGGAGAAGACGGAUAUCCUGGCUGUGAGGACCCAAACCAGUGAUGGCUGGCUGGAGGGGGUCCGCCUGGCAGAUGGUGAGAAGGGGUGGGUGCCCCAGGCCUAUGUGGAAGAAAUCAGCAGCCUCAGUGCCCGCCUUCGAAACCUCCGAGAGAAUAAGCGGAUCACAAGUGCACCCAGCAGACUGGGGGAGCCCCCCACAUGAUGGGUGGGACGCCAGCUCCCUGUCCAGCUCCGACAGGUCUGCAGGGACCUCUGGUGUCACAUGCCCCAGGCCACUGCUGGUGUUCCAUGGCCUGGUGUCCGGAGUACAGCCCGUCCUCACGCUCCUCCCAGUCCACAUUAGGGCCGACACCAGUGUCUUCCUCUGGCAUAGGGACUGCACAGGUGACCUGUGAUAUCUGGCAAGGACUGGGGCUCACUCCCUUCAUGCUGCCUGACUCUUGGUCCCUCUGGCAGGGACCCGGCUGGGGACAGCUCUGGUGCUGACGGGUGCUGGGACAUAUAUAGAGAGAUGUAUAUAUAUCUGGGGUCUUCUGGCCAGAGCCUGCAUGGGCCCUGGUGGCUAUGACUUUUCUGUAAAUAAACUCCCAUGAUGCCUUGGCUUGGAGUCUGCAAGCUGUCUGAUGCUGCCCCCCUCCAGCCCCACUUCCUCUAGCUAAAGGUCAAGAGGAUCUCUGGCUGCCUCCCAGUGGGGAGAGCUCACCUCUUAUCUGGAGGAGGGGACGACAGGGCUGGGUGUGAAUUAGACUGCUUUGGGUGGCAACUGACAAGAUACUGGAUUCAACCAGUCAUAGAGAUUGAAGACACUUUAUUGGCUCUUGUGUCUGUUUCUUAUAGCUGCUGUAACAAAUGAUCACACACCAGGUGACUUAAACCAGUAGGACUGUAUUCUCUGACUGCUCCGGAGGCCAGCAAUCUAAAGUCAAUAUCGCUGGGCCAAAAUCCAGGUGUCAGCAGGGCAGGACUCUGUCCUGUAGUGGGGAUGUCUGCCAGGGGAGAAUGGGUCCUUGCCUCUCACAGCUCUGGUGGCUGCCAGCUCUCCUCAGCUUGUGGCCACACCACUCAGACUCUGUCUCUGGGGUCACACUGCCUUCUUCUCUGUGUGUCUGUGUCAGAGCUACCUCUGCCUCCCAAGGAUAAGGAUACAUGGAUUUUAUUUGAGGUCCACCCAGAUAAUCUCUCCAUCUCAGAGUCCUUACCUUAAAUCCCUCCUGAAAAAUCUGUCCCCCCUCCCUUGUUUAUCAUAGAGGAUAACACUUACCAAUUCUAGGGACUGGGAAGCAGAUAUCUUUUAGAGGACCAUGUCUCAGCCUACCACAGGUCUCAAAACUAAGAAGUAUAUGGGCAAGGUGGGCUUCAAGCAAGGCUUGAUCCAGCAGCUUCUGUGACAUCACUGAGGACUCUGCUUUUUCCAUUCUUCUACUUGGUUGUCCUUGGUAUUGUCUUCAUCCUAAGGUCUCCAGGGGCUUCUUCAUUCACAUCACAACAUGGAA